AUGUCCGUAAUAAAACCUCGGUGUAUAAUGAAAGGCUUUGUGGUGCAAUUCGACAAAAUAGAUGACUAUCUUCCACCUGAUACGAGUGGUUGGCUCCGCAGAUAUUCUGUUCUAAUGCAUCCGCAAGCAAUGGAUAUACUUGGUAUCAAUCCAAGGCAACCAGUCCGUGUCCAAACUCCUGCUCAAGAGUACAUCGGAGUAAUUUGGCCUUGUAAAGAGCUAGGAGUUUUGCGGCUAUGUCUCACCGAAGAAAAUGCUGCUUGGGAGAAACUUGUCAGCGUCACACCUAUCUGGAAUCCAGUAAACCUCCCACAAAUUUCUGUAUCCACUGAUCCUAUUCUGCCAUUGGCUACUGGAUCAUUACAGGAGUACAUACAGAUGUAUUUGACCAACUCUUAUAUUCAACCUGGGAUUGCUAUUCCCAUGAAUUAUUACGGGAAACUUAUUCAAAUCGUUCCAGACGUCCCUCUCGAGCUUGCCAUGAAGGAUAUUUCACUGGAAGACGGAGAGUUGGAGUCUGAACAUAUCAUCUUCGUUCCCUCUGAUUGCACAGUAACCAUAUCAUCAACUACGCCCUUUCGAGAACCAACGGAUCCCCUCUCAGCUGUGUCUUCAAUAGGAGGAAUGCAUAUAGCGAAGAAAACUCUAAUGGAUUUCGUCUUGCUGCCGUAUCUCAGGGACAAGUCAUGCUGCUCUGUGUUGCUUUGGGGUUUGCCAGGCAGUGGCAAAACACUUCUGCUGUCUGCCGUCGCUAAAGCACUUGGAGGCUCGGCCUUUUACUCCCAGGUUGAAGUCGACGUUCCAAUGGAGGAGGAGCGAAUAGAAAUCUUGCGUUCUUUAACGGGCAUUUCUGAUGAUGUCAUUGUCGAGUUGGCAAAGUAA